AAACUCGUCACUGUGAGCACACGUGAUAGCUGUUAAUUAAGACGUGGCUCAGGUGUAAGGAACUGAGAAAGGGUUAAUGGUUGAAGUUUGAGGCCGGUAGAGGUACGGCCUCCACGAUGCUGGGGGCUCUGUGUGGCAUGUGUACCCCGUGCGAGGCCCCCGUGCCCCUGGGUGGCCCCGUGCCCAGGUGUAGCCGCCACGGUCUGCCCACCUCUGACGGCUCCUUUCCUAUGGUGGUCCUGCUGAGGGGGACCUGAGUGUAGCCCUUCUUGAGGACGACCUUCGGGACAGCGGCUACCCACUCUACGACCCCGAGGACGACCUGUAUGAGUGGGUAUCACCCCCACCCGCACUACCCGCAUUAUCACCAUGACUCCGUGCCACUAAGGAGAGCCCAGCCAGUGUUUGUGACGCCUGAGGGUGCCAUCCUCACCCCUGAUGGCAGCGUCGUCACCUCGGAUGGCACCCUGGUGAGAUCAGAUGGGUGCCUGGUGAGAUCAGACGGCACUGUGAUCAUGGCUGACGAUGCCACCACUACUACCACCAACAUCCUGGACUACCACCAUCACCUUCACCACGACAACAACAAUUAUCUGGAUCCUGACCCCAUGAACGACCCUAUUAUCCAGGACGACAACGGG